AUGCCGACUCCGCCAAUCCCCAAUCAGCAAUUGGAGUUACUGGAGAGUAGGGAGACCUACGAAGACUCCAAUGAAGGCUUCCAGUUUGCAGGUACCCUGAUUGUGUAUCAGCUAAAUGGCUUUUUGUAUCAUGCGAUGCUGAAAGGUCGUUACUCUUCUCCGAUUCUCAAUGCAGAGGAUCUUAUGAAUGUGAAGCAAAUCCCCGCCUCGGCCUACAACCCCAAAUUUCCUGUCGGAUUUACCGCAGCUCCUGAAAUGCUGCCCAAUGGCUGUUAUGUCAAAAAACCUCGAUUGAUCAGUUACGAUUUGAUUAGCGAAGGGCCUCGACCGAAUUCGAUUGCGGAGGAUGUCCUUAAAGAAGCAAUGGUUUACGAACUCUUGAAGAUGCACCCACAUCCCAACAUUGCUACCUAUCUAGGUUGUCAAGUUUCUGACGGCGCAAUCACGGGUCUUUGCCUCGAGAAGUACCCGCGCACGCUAAUGAAAGAGGUCAACCCAGGCGCCCUCAUGAAAAGAGCACUUAGAAACACGCGGGAAGCGAGGGAAAAUUAUAGCCGUGUUCUCACGGGCAUUGACAGUGGCAUCCGGCAUCUUCACUCGCUGGGAUUAGUUCAUAACGACAUCAAUCCAAGCAAUAUAAUGAUCGACGGUGAUAGAGCAAUCAUCAUCGAUUUCGGGUCUUGCCGGAAGAUAGGGGAAAGCCUCAAAGAUGUCGGCCGUACUUAUGAAUGGUACGAUGGAGAAGUGCAGCAGUCUCUUCCUGAGAAUGACUUGAAGGCCUUGGAGGAGAUUCGCAUUUGGCUUGGUGUUGGUUCAUCAGAAUUUCAAUUUGAAGUCUAA